ACACGGCAGGACAAAGAGGCACCAAGAUUGUGUUUAACCGAUGGUAGACAAGAGGAACACCCACCUCUCUGGAGUUACGCAUCCAUCCCAGGCGUCCAACCUCUGCUCAACAGUGCAUACCCACUAUACAACAACAGUAAAUUGUACUGCACUGAUUAAGAAAUGCCACCGCAAAUGGAAUAUCUCUGUGAAGAGAGCACAUUGCCGGCUUUGCCCCCAUCUCUGGACCGCCAGAGUCAGGAGCCCGAGGUGAAAUGUGUGCUAGUUGGGGACGGCGCAGUCGGAAAAACCAGUCUUAUUGUGAGCUACACAACCAACGGAUACCCCAUGGAAUACCAACCGACUGCGUUUGACAUCUUCUCGGGACACGUGCAGGUCGAUGGUACACCAGUACGAAUCCAGCUCUGCGACACUGCAGGACAGGAGGAGUUUGAUCGACUUCGGACUCUCUGCUACACCGGUACAGACGUCUUCAUUGUGUGCUUCAGUGUGGUCAACCCUACGUCUUUCCAGAACAUAAGCGAGAAAUGGAUCCCGGAAAUCCGGGCCUGCAACCCCUCGUCACCCAUCAUCCUUGUGGGAACCCAAGCUGACCUGAGGCAUGACGUCAAUGUGCUCAUCAACCUGGAUCAACGUAAAGUCAAACCGGUGCUUAAAUCGUGCGCUAGAAAUCUUGCGGAGAAGAUCCGGGCCCAGGACUAUGUGGAAUGCUCUGCCUUGACUCAGAAAAACCUGAAGGAAGUCUUUGACUCGGCCAUCUUCGCAGCGAUCAAAUACAAGGCCCGGCAGGAAAAGAAACUGAAAAUGUCCACAGACCGCACAAAGACCUUUUCAAAAUGUGGGUGGAAAAAGUUUUUCUGUUUUGUCUGACUUUAAAAGACCAAACUGGCUUGAAUUAACUUAUUACUGACUUGCAACGUCACACUGGACCCACAGCUGUGCCAUGGGUCUUACCUAAAGGCAAGAGUGAUGGAUUGUGGGACUUGGGAGCCUGUGGCUCACUUCAACAGAUUGCUUGCUUAGGUGAAUGAAAAUGUUUACACAGCAUAUUUUCCAAUGCAAAAAAAGAGCUAACGAGACUGUUCUUUGAUGUAUCAUUUUGCAUUGGUUCCUGUUUGAGAAAUGCACAUCAUGGAUUUUAAAAUGUAGCGAAUCAAGGCUCUAGUUCAAAGGUCAUGAUAUUAUUAUGUUAUUUUAUUAAUGUAAAAAAGGUUACUGUAAAGCCUUAGGUGACAGAAUGAUCAAGAUUCAUCCAGACAUUAAGUACUGAGGCCCUGUUUCCUUACACAGGUUGUCCUGGAUAUCUGUUGAGAGAAUCUGUGGCUCUCCGAGGAGCUCUUUAUGGAACCUAGCUAGGCUGGCUAGGGAAGAAUUCUUCCGAAUCUGAUUGAGCACCCAAAUACAUCAAGCACCUACAAUUGCAGCUAACAGCUCUAGUGUUAGAUUUGGCACCUCCCUGAAUGAUUGCACUUUAAAUUUUUAAUUGGCUAUACACCGGCUGUCCUUAAACUAUUUAAAAAAAGAAAAAGACUAGAGCAAGCUUUUAAGGAGAUUAAUGGCCAUAAUUACAUAUGCAAAACAUAUUUACUCUUCUACUGUAUGGGAAAUGUUUCCACAAAUAUACUGCUAAUUUCCUGUAACUGUGAUUUAAACUACAAAAUGCGUCUAAGGGUAAUUUGGGGAAUCUGUAAAAGAUUAUUGAGAAUAAUCUUGGAGAUCUUCCGUGAUUGUGUUAUAUUCUUCAGAAAAAUAUGGAUCAGUGAAGAGAGAAUGCAAUCCACAAGUCGCAAACAAACCUUUGACAAGACCCUUUUAAACUGAUUGUUAUUCAUUGACUUAUUGCUCCCAAUUGUGAUCAAAAUCUUUUAUUGUUAAAGGAUACUUAUUUGUAUGUUUUUGGAUUUUUCUGAAGUACCCAGUUUUAGCUAUUGACCUAAUAGUUCAAUCCUGUUCGAACGGCACGUUUUAUUGCUUCUUGUGGAAGCUUUUAAUUAAAAACAAGCCUUAUUCUGAAAUGCAACACUAUUUGGUUAUAUAAAUAGUUUUGCUUUUUUAUUUCUUUAAACAAGAAGGUAAUAGGUCUUUUUUUCCUCUUCAUUGUAAAAGAACAAAUCUUGAUUUGUGGACUGUAGGGACUUGUCUGCAAAGAGAUUUUUACUUUGAUAUUUGAUAUCUGUAGAUAAGAGGAACAAUACAAUUCUAUACUUUUAAUGACAUGUAAUUUAUCUACAAAUGAUAGUUUUAUACAGCAAACUUUUCAGUUAUAAUUUUGCUCAAUUCAGUCAUUUUCAAAUUUUUUACAAGUUUCAUAUUUAGAAGGUUCGUUUUUUAUGAAGUGUUGGA